AUGGCUCAAGAUAUGAGAGAUACCGAAUUCCAUAUGCGGGACCACUCUUUCAACCCUCAAAUCACAAGGGGUAGAGCUUCCUCUAUCCCAUUACCUACUCUCUGUAUAACUCCAGCUCACAGUCCUUCCUCACGAGCUUCUACUUCGCAUGUCCGUUCCAGCAGCGAAGGGGCCGUUGCCAGCCCACGAACUCGUCUCAUAAACCGAGUGAAGUUUACAGUUGACGGAGAUACUUCACAAUCACACCAGUUUCAGGAGACUCAAAAUGGAUCAGAUAUUGAGAGGAACCUUCUGCAAAUCCCGCCAGUUGCUUAUUGUCAACAGCAGCCAGAUGGAGAAGCAAUGGAGGAACAGCAUGCUGAAAUGUCAGAUGAUUUGCCAGGUUUUUACUCUCCACAGCCGUAUUCAGGUGGCUCAACGCCUGUGAGCGUCUGUGGAUCGGUUGGCAGCAGAGUGAACCUUGUAGAUCAUGAUGAGAUGCAUGGGCAGGGAGAUGGUGAUAAAAAGGGGAGGGCUUUGCAUGGUGCCUACGAGAGAGCUCAGAGGCUGGCGGCCUCUGUCAUUCAUCGACAUCCAUCACAGAUCAAUGAACGAGGUGGUGGCUCUCAUAAGGUUUCUCGCCGGCGUCGGCAUGAUGCCGAUUCCGCGAGCGAGAAAGGGGACGCGGAAUCUUACGAUAACUUAGAUAUGUUGGAAAAGCAAGCUUACAUUUCUGAUAAUGACAAUUCUGAUGAUUCUCAAUUUGAGGCCGAGGCUGCCGAACUAUUUCGAGGAAUGUCGCGACAAGAUUCUCACAGUCUUACCAGAGUUCUUGCACGAAGUGACGAUCUGGCCUCCGGCCACAGUACCCCUUACGCAGACAGAGAUCCCGAUGUUUAUGUUUCCCGACCGUCGCAUUACAGGGGAGGGAUCCUAUCGUCAUUGCUCCGGAUAUAUACUGGUCAUGAGACUGAGCAACUAGAGCGGAAAGAUAUCAAAUAUCCUUCUCUUCAGCCUCCAAGCAGAGCAUUGUCGCCGAUCCGCAGAAAUUCGGGUCGUCCACAAAGGCAAAAAUGGUACAAUAACAAGUCUGCCUCUCAAUCCAUGUGCUCCCUUAAUCCAGCCUCCCCACAGGGGGUAUUGCGGCAACAGUCACCUGCGGGGAGACAGAUGUCGAGCGGAGGGGUUUACAAUCUUGUGAAAAAAAGUAAAACAAGUUCUAAGCCUCGACUUGAGGAAGAGAUCCGGCUCACCGUCCAUAUUGCGGAGACUCUGGCGCGCCAGAGAUAUCUGGUCAAGCUAUGUCGCGCACUGAUGUGGUCUGGAGCACCUACUCAUCGGCUGGAAGAAUACAUGCGAAUGACUGCUCGAGUGCUGGAGAUAGAUGGCCAAUUUCUCUACAUCCCUGGUGUUAUGGUUAUGGCUUUUGACGACAACACGACGCACGUCACAGAGGUAAAAUUGAUUAAGUCAUCACAACAUGUCAACCUGGGCCGUCUCCGUGACAUCCAGGUGGUGUACAAGGAGGUCAUUCACGAUGUCAUUGGCGUCGAGGAGGCCAUGCAGAGGCUAGACGAAAUUACCAAGGCUCAACCCAAGUUUGGCGUCCGGUGGCUGAUACCCCUGUAUGGAUGCGCAAGCGCUCUGGUUGGGCCAUUCGCAUUUGGCGCACGACCCAUCGACAUGCCUCUAUGCUUUGUUCUCGGCUGUAUUGUUGCUCUACUUCAGCAUGUUCUCGCCCCGCGCUCCGAGAACUACGCCAACGUCUUCGAGGUUUCCGCUGCCGCUACAUCGUCCUAUGCGCUGGAGCUGCAGUCGCGCAACAUUAUUGCUGGCUCUGUUCGUAUGGUCUACGCUAUCAUCUACUCUCUCUUCCUCGGUUUCGGCAUCAUGCUUGGCACCGCCUUCUACGGACUUCUGGAUAGAGAAGCUACGUUGGACUUUGUCUGCCCUGCCAGCCCCAUCAAGAAUGAAUACAUCCAACGUUUCCCCUUUGUGAUUGUCUAUGCGAUCUGCUCAUGUCUGAUCUAUCAGGCAAAAUAUAAGCAAAUUCCCAUCAUGGUCGCUAUCGCCUUCACUGGAUACCUUGUCAGCUUCUUCUCCGCACGCCGGUUCGUGUCUACCCAGCUUUCCAGUGCUCUGGGUGCCUUCGCCAUCGGCGUCUUAGGUAACUUGUACAGCCGGCUGCGACACGGGCUUGCUGCUGCAGCUAUCCUACCCGCCAUUUUCUUGCAGCUCCCCUCAGGUCUGGCCACCAGUGGCAGUCUCGUGUCUAGCCUGAUCGUUGCGACCACCAUUAAGGGUGAUACGACCUCGUCGAAACCACUGGGCACUGUGGCAAAUGACUGGAUAGUUAAGACCGCUAUGUCGCCGUCCACAUCUAAGGGAUUGAAUGAUUUGAUGCGGCAUAUCAUGCUGCAAAGAUUUUUGGGGAAUGUGGUUUUUGAUAUUGCCUAUGGCAUGUUGGAGGUUGCGAUAGGCAUUACAGUGGGUUUAUUUAUGGCAGCAUUGGUAAUUUAUCCCUUUGGGAAAAGGAGGAGUGGCUUGUUCAGUUUUUGA